AUGGAAAUACUACAAUUUAUCGUUAGAUUACGUUUAGAAAAUAUAAAAAGGAUACAAAAUAUACCAAAAGGAAAAGUACUAAACCGGUAUCAAUUAAAGCUAAUACAAACAACAAUGGCUCAGAUAUUAGACCCAUUCUAAUGAUCUAUUAAUACAAAUAGACGUUAGAUAGCAUUAGCAUCGAAGCUGAUAAUUCAUGUGUGCCUUUCUUCAAAAUAGAAUCACUUGAAAUGCUUUCUACGUGCAAAGUUCAAUAAACCUAAGAGAAACUGAAAUGACCGAUUGUCAAAAGGGACAAAAUGAACAACUCACGAUACUACCAACUAUCGAAAAUAUUUUCUAAAGUACGAAAUAGUAAAGUAAUAUCCAUUUCAAAUUAAUAUCCCUAGUUAUGUUGACAAAGAAAUAGAAAUUCUCUAUAAUGGAAAUAUCGUCAUAUUCCUUAUAAUUUUUAACGUGAUUUUUAUGUUUAAUCAUUAAAGCUAAUAGGAAGCUGAUAAAAAAAUUAUUAUUUUCAUAUUUUCAAUUUUUUUUAUAAAAAUAAUCGUUUCUAUGAAAAUUAUAAGAUGAUUCUACAAUGUUUAGAUCGUUAAGUCUAUAUUGAAUUUUGUCUAUGUUUAUAUUUUCAAAUAAAUCAAUAAAGUAAAACGUAAAUAAUUAUGCACGAAUUAUUUAUUUAAUAAAUUGAAAUGUAUGUUUCAUAUAUAAAUAUAAAUAUUAUUUGUAGAUUAUUUAUAUGAAUCUUCAAAAUAAUACAGAAUAAAAGGUAAAUGUUCAUCUUUACAAAUAGAUUUUAUUCAAAUAUAUUUGUUACCUGUAAAAAUCAUGCAUAUUAUAAUAUAAAAUAAUAAUUACAGCAAUGUUUCGAGACGCUCCAAAGAUUAUUAUAGAAGAUGGAUCUUCUCCGUCUACUUCUUAUGUUAUGUAUGUUAGAAUGGAAGAUUUAUUAGAAAAAUUGAAAUUGUUAAAUUAUGAUACUCAAUUUCUACCAGAGUUUAAAAUCAAAGCUAUAAAUAGGAAUUAUUUUAUAACACAGACAAAUCCAGGAGAGCAAUUUUAUACAUUUACAUUGUUAGCUGCAUGGUUAAUUAGAAAAGCAGGUGGAAAAUUUGAAGCUCCACAAGAAUCAGAUGAUCCUAAUGCUACGAUAGCCAUAAUCUUGGAUUAUUUAAGAGAUACUAAUGUAUCAAUAGAAUUCCCACCUAAUAAGCUUAAACAAGGAAGUGGUGAACAUGCCAUUUAUGUUUUAGAUAAUUUAGCAGAUGAAGCAUUAAAAGCACAAAAGUUUCAAUGGAAAAAAGUACAAAUAUUACCUGAUGAACCAAGUAAUGAACCAGAUGCAGAAGAUGAUGAUGCAGAAUUAAUUUUAGAAAAAGUAGAGGAGGAAAUGAUGGCUGAAUAUGAUGAUGAAGAUGAGGAUAUUUUACAUAUUGAUGAUAUUACAAAACUAUAUGGGCAAAACUUUAAUGAAAUGCAAAAACCUGAUGAUAUUUUAGAAUCUAAAACAAAUAGAGAAGAAUGGCAAUUAGAAUUAGAAAGAGUUUUACCUCAACUCAAAGUAACAAUAAAAACAGAUUCAAGAGACUGGAGAUCACAUAUAGAGCAAAUGAAACAAUUACGUACAAAUAUAGCAACAAAUUUAACUGGAACCAAAAGUCAAUUAGAUAAACUACAUAUUGAUAUAUCUAAUACUUUAGAUAAAAUAAAAACAAGAGAAUCUUAUUUAAAUAGACAAUUUGAGCCUAGUUUGAAGCAAUACCAAAUGCUUCAAGAUGAAUUGUCAAAAAUUAAAGAACAAUAUCGAGAUGCUAGUGGAGGUGUUACAGAGAGAACAAGAAUUUUUAAUAAAUUAUCAGAAGAAUUGGAACAUGUAAAAAAAGAAAUGGAUGAACGAGGAUCUAGUAUGACAGAUGGAACACCGCUCAUAAAUAUAAAAAAGACAAUUACUAAAAUGAAAACUGAAAUUUCCGAAAUGAAUAUUCGAAUUGGUGUGUUAGAAUAUAGUCUAAUGUGUGCGAGAUUACGUGAUCGCACACAAUUUCAAGAAGAUAUAAAUAAUACUGUCGCUAUAAGUUGAGAUAACGUACAAGUAGCAUUGUUGUCAUCAUUAUGGUAUCGUCUUAUCAUGAAUUUUUUAACAAGUAAAACAAAAAAUAUUAUUUUCUUUCUGUAUAAGUUACAUACUAUUUAUUUAGUUUCUCACUCUAAUAAUAAUCUUUAGGGUCCAAUGACAUAUUUCUCUCAUUGUAUUUAUAAGAUUUAUAUGCACCGAUAUAUAAUACAUUUUUUUAUGCUGAAAUUAUGUUAAAUAAAAUUAUAUAAUAAUUCAAAAUAUUUCUUUAUUCCUAUAUUUAUUUUUGGAAGAUACUUAUGUAGUAUUUUUUAAGACGAAGAUAUAUACACAAUUUAAGAUAGAUACUCUUUUGCUAUUUGGCAAUUUGAAUUAUUUGAAUCUAAUAGACACUGGACUGAAAAAAGCGGAAUUGCUUUAAUGAUGAGCUGUUUGAUUAUCAAACAAUCCCUCCCCUUUCAGCAAUUUCUCACUCUUCCGAAGUAAUCAGUCGAAGGUUUUGCGCAGGCCAGUCGUCGUGUAAUCUUUCGUUACCAUUGGACAUAUUUUAAAAGUGCGGCGGUCUGUGACUAGUGAUAAUAUUUUACGACACUGUUACAUCUAUCUUUUAAUAAAACUCAUCUAAUAAUUAAGGAGGUCAAAACAAUCAAAUAAAAUGAUGACGAUUGGUAAAAAACUUGUUAUCAUUUUCUCAAUAGGUUUAGUAUUAAUAAUUUCUGGAUUAACUAUUGGAAUUUGUUGGUCUAUGAUUUAUUCGUCAAUUUUAAAUGCAGAAUUAUCUUUAACACCAACAUCCACAAGUUAUAAGCUCUGGAAAGAAACACCUAUUCCUAUGUAUCUGAAAAUAUAUAUGUUCAAUUUAACUAACCAUGAAGAUUUUAUUUCAAAUAAUGAAUCUAAAGCAAAACCAAAUUUUGAGGAAAUAGGUCCUUAUGUAUUUAGGGAAGUUGAUUAUAAGGUAGGACAAAUAUGGAAUGACAAUGAUACCAUAACAUAUCAAAGGAAAAGAGUAUGGCAUUUUGAUAAAUCUUUAUCAGUAGGAAGUUUAAAUGAUAAUAUAACUAAUAUAAAUCCAAUAACUGCUAGUGUUGCAUAUGCAUUAAGACAUAAAAAACCUAUUUUCCGUGAUCUAGUAGAUAGAAUAAUGAAAGUUAUAGGACAAAAGUUAAUAAUUACGAAAUCUGUUAAUGAAUUACUUUUUGAAGGAUAUGAAGAUACUAUGUUAAAAAUUGCACGAAAAAUGAAUUUCAGUGAAAUUCCAUAUAACAAAUUUGCUUGGUUUUAUGAGCGAAAUGGUUCUGCAUCAUAUGAUGGAACAUUUAAUAUGCUAACUGGUAAAUCCAAUUUACUCGAUGUAGGAAUAGUCAAAGAAUGGAACUUUAAUAACAGAGUAAGUUAUUAUCCUAAAAAUUGUGGAGAAGUGAAGGGAACAAAUGGUGAUUUGUGGCCACCAUUACCUAACAAUAAAACUAUUACUUUCUUUGUCUCUGAUAUUUGCACGAGUAUGUCAGUAACAUACGAAAAUACAACCGUUUAUGAAGGAUUAACAGGAGUUAAAUAUGUUAGUGAUGAUACAAUACUUGAUAAUGGUACAAAAGUAGAAUCGCGUCUAUGUUAUUAUGAAAGCGAACACAUUCCUUCUGGAGUUUUAAACAUUUCAUUAUGCAAAUGGGGUGCUCCAGCAUUUAUUAGUUUACCACACUUUUAUUUGGCUGAUCCAAGUUAUAGAGAAAAUAUCGACGGAAUGAAACCUAAUAAAAAAGAACACGAACUUUCAAUAUCCAUAGAACCGCAUGUUUAAAAACAUUAAGACGACAUUUGUACCCAUGUUAUGGUUUACUCAAGAAGCUUAUUUGACAGCUGAUUAUGCUCAUAUAAUUAAAUUUAUCAAUAUUUUGGAAACUUUGGGUAGCAUAACUAGCUAUGGCAUUGCUUGUAUUGGCGUUUUAAUUACUUUUAUUGGCAUAUUCUUGUAUAUUAAACACGGUUUCAGUGGAGAAGAAAAUCAAGUUUUAUUGUCAAGUAAAUCUAAUGAAAAUGAUGACAUUGCUACUAUUAAUGAAUGAUCAUGUAUAUUUACAGACAUUAGAUUGCAUAAAAAGAAUAAUCGAUAAUCAUCAAAUAAGGAACAAAAAUCAUUUUCGAAGUUCAAGAGUGAUAUGAUAUAUAUAUCAUAUAUAGAUUAUAUACAUAUGAUAUAUAGAUUCUAAAUCUUAUCUGCAUAUCUUCCUAUUUAAAUUAUAUAAUAAAAAUGACGAUAAUAUCAAAGUGAUUGCAAGAAGAUAGUAUUCAUAAAAAAUUAGAAUAUUAUACAAGUCGUUUAUAAACUUUGAAAAAUGUGCUUUUAAAAUGUAAUUAUAACGAUAAUCAAGUGCCUCAUUGCUUUAGUAAUAAUAGAUAUUAGAAACAGUGUAAAAUAAAUUAGAUAUCUGAAAUACUUAAAAGUAAUAUACAUAUAAUAGCAAUUUAAUCUCAAUUUAAAUUUUCUUUCCUAAACAAAGAAUAGAAAUUUAUUCUUAAUCCCCUCUACGAUAUUUUUUCAAUAAUUCAAAACAUAUAUUAUAUUCUAGGUGUAUAUAUUUUUAUCUAUGAAAUAUGCAAAAAUAACGAGUAUUAGAAUCAAAUUCAAUUCAUGAUGUCAAUCAUGUAGUUAAAGUUAUAACAGUUACAAUAUUGUUACAGCUGUGAUAACUAGACUCUUCUUUCAUUAGAAUAAGAAUUCUUAGAAAAUAAAAACAUUACUUUUA